GGAAGCUCCGCGCGCGGCGGCGGCGGCGGCGGCGGCGGCGGCUGGAGAGUGGGAGGGGACGCUCCGGCUGGCGGGCGGGGGCGCUGGGACGCGGCGGGGGCUCCCGCCUGAGCUUCCUCCGAGCGUUUAGCACCGCGGAGUCCGGCACGAAGAGCGAGUGAGCCUGGGGAGCCGGCGCCGGGCGGAGCGGAGCGCAGCGCAGCGCAGCCGCCCGGCAGAGCGCGCUCGGAGCUCGGGUCUGCGCGGCUCGGGACCCGGCUCCGGCGGCGGGGGAGGCGGCGAUGUUCCACUGCAUCCCCCUUUGGCGGUGCAACCGUCAUGUGGAGACCAUCGACAAGCGCCACUGCUCGCUGGUCUACGUCCCCGAGGACAUCUACCGCUAUGCCCGCAGCCUGGAGGAGCUGCUGCUGGACGCUAACCAGCUCCGCGAGCUGCCCGAGCAAUUUUUCCAGCUAGUCAAAUUACGAAAGCUUGGACUUAGUGAUAAUGAAAUUCAGCGGCUCCCUCCAGAAAUAGCCAACUUCAUGCAGCUGGUGGAACUUGACGUGUCUCGAAAUGAUAUUCCUGAAAUUCCUGAAAGCAUCUCCUUCUGCAAAGCACUACAGAUAGCUGACUUCAGUGGAAACCCACUGACUAGGUUGCCGGAAAGCUUUCCUGAAUUGCAGAAUUUAACAUGUCUUUCUGUAAACGACAUCUCACUGCAAUCUCUGCCUGAAAAUAUUGGCAAUCUUUACAACCUGGCUUCACUGGAAUUGAGAGAGAAUCUUCUUACCUAUCUUCCUGACUCUCUUACCCAACUACGGAGACUAGAAGAACUUGACUUGGGAAAUAAUGAGAUAUAUAAUUUGCCAGAAUCAAUUGGAGCCCUCCUACAUCUGAAGGACCUCUGGUUGGAUGGAAAUCAACUGUCAGAAUUACCUCAGGAAAUAGGAAAUCUGAAGAACCUGUUGUGCUUAGAUGUCUCUGAAAACAGGCUAGAAAGACUUCCUGAAGAAAUCAGUGGCCUGACUUCUUUAACGGAUUUAGUGAUUUCCCAGAACUUACUGGAGACCAUCCCAGAGGGCAUCGGAAAACUAAAGAAACUGUCAAUCCUGAAGGUGGAUCAGAACAGACUCUCACAGUUGCCUGAAGCAGUCGGGGAUUGUGAAAGUCUCACGGAGUUAGUUCUUACAGAAAAUCGGCUCCUGACUUUGCCUAGGAGCAUUGGAAAACUGAAGAAGUUGAGCAACUUGAAUGCAGACAGAAAUAAAUUAGUGUCUUUACCAAAAGAGAUCGGCGGAUGCUGUAGCCUCACUGUGUUCUGUGUGCGAGACAAUAGGCUAACUCGAAUACCCGCAGAGAUGUCACAGGCCACAGAGCUUCAUGUCCUAGACGUGGCAGGGAACAGGUUGCUGCAUCUGCCUUUAUCACUGACCACCUUGAAGCUGAAGGCUUUGUGGUUAUCUGACAACCAGUCCCAGCCUCUGCUCACAUUCCAGACUGACAUGGACCACACUACAGGGGAGAAGAUUCUGACCUGUGUCUUACUUCCUCAGCUGCCUUCUGAACCUACUUGCCAAGAGAACCUGCCUCGCUGUAGUGCACUGGAGAGCCUUGUGAAUGACGUCUCCGAUGAAGCCUGGAACGAGCGUGCAGUGCACAGGGUCAGCGCGAUCCGGUUUCUGGAGGACGAGAAGGAUGAAGAGGAUAGCGAAACGAGAACACUUCUAAGGCGAGCCACUCCCCACCCAGGGGAGUUAAAGAACAUGAAAAAGACAGUGGAGAAUUUACGAAAUGACAUGAACACGGCUAGGGGACUGGAUUCAAACAAAAACGAGGUCAGCCAUGCCACUGACCGAGUUACCACGUCCGUGUAGAGCUUCACGCCAGGUUUUACCUCCCGCGUCUUCCCCUGCUGUGGAGACAACCUUCCCGUCUGCUUCUGAGGAGCCUCCUCGGUCUUUCGUCCUCACCAGCACCUGCGUGUCACCUCCCUGUGUCUAAUGUCUAGAUGCUGCUGUCCCUCAGGAAGUGCCUUACUCAUCCCUCAACCCAUCCUCCCACCAGUGGUCUCCUGGCCUGGUUUUUUGUUUUUUAUUAUUAUUUCAGUUAUUUGUAAUAAGUAGAACACACUACUGUCAACAUCUGACCUUCAUUUUUGUCAUAGGUGGGGUUGAGGAAGAGCAGGAAGGGAAGUUUUUAGUCCUCUUCCUCUCAAUACAGUGCGGGGACACUUUGAACCCAAGUUCUUUUGGACUUACUGAUGAGAGGUAAUUUUAUGUGUGGGAAAAAUAGAUAAUUUUUUUAACCUUUUUUGGCAGCUCAGAUGGUGUAAAUUUAAAAAUUUUGUAUAGGUAUUUCGUAACAAAAAAUAUGUAUUUCUUUUUUGUUAUUUUAUCUUGAAGACGGUACAUAUUUUAGUAUUUGUGCAGAAAAAAACAAACCAGUCCUAAAGUAUUUGUUUUUAUUUUUACCAUCCACUUGUGCCUUACUGUAUCCUGUGUCAAUGUCAAACCAGUUGUACACAGUGGCAUCCUUGGACAGUGAGAUGAGAAUGGAAAUGUGGUCAUUUUAAAGCAGUGUUGCAUCUUACUCAAUAAUCUACCUGGUGGAUAUGUUUUUAACCAAAAAGAUGAAUUUAUCAAUGAUUUGGAAGUUAUAUCAGUUGAUUUUUAUUUGAGAAAGACUGCUGAUGUUUCAUUUCCUCCACUUUAACUUUUAAUUCAUAACUGUUUCCUAAAGAGUGUGGUGUCAGGCUGUGCCUAUUCCUAAGGUGUGUACCAUUUGUUUUAAGAAAACGGGGCAGAAAAGCACAAAAAAGAGAAAACUGGUUCAGAAGUUCCAUGAAUAAAUAAAUUAUGUACUGCAAAAGAAUGAUUCUUACUGAAGAAAGCUUUAAACAUUUUAUAUCCGGAUACGAGACCACAAUAAAGCUAAAAUAACCUACUA